AUGGAUGUGGCGAAAAAAGAUGCCCCCGUUGGGGGCGAUGGAGGCAAAUCCGACACCCUGGGCUCGACGGGCUCAGCCAGAAAAAGGGGAGGGGGUGCCAAGAAGGCGAUGCAGGCAAACAAGUCUGCCCUCCGAGCCCCCCGCGCCCUGUGCUGUCUCACCCUCAGCAACCCCAUUCGAAUGGCGGCCCUGGCCCUCGUCGAAUGGAAAUAUCUUUUUCUUUGGCCUUUUGAUAUAUUUAUCCUACUUGCCAUCUUUGCCAACUGUGUGGCCAUGGGGGUUACCAAGCCCUAUCCGGACGAUGACUCCAAUGCUACCAAUCACAAUCUGGAACAAGUGGAGUACGUCUUCCUAGUCAUCUUCACCAUCGAGACCUUCACUAAAAUUCUGGCCUACGGCUUGGUCAUGCACCCUAGCGCCUACAUACGCAGCGGAUGGAACUUGCUGGACUUCGUCAUCGUCAUCGUCGGGUUGUUCAGUGUAAUAGCUGAGGGGAUGACGGACCACAAACCAGGAGAGGCCCACCAUGCCGCUGGAAAGCCCGGAGGCUUGGACGUCAAAGCUUUAAGAGCUUUCAGAGUGUUAAGACCGCUCAGGCUGGUUUCUGGAGUACCGAGUCUCCAGAUUGUGUUGAACUCUAUCAUGAAAGCCAUGGUCCCCUUGCUCCACAUUGGCAUGCUGGUCAUGUUCGUCAUCAUCAUCUACGCCAUCAUCGGCUUGGAGCUCUUCAUCGGCCGGAUGCACAAGACGUGCUUCUACGCCGGCACAGAGCUCAUGGUGGACGAUGACCCGACGCCGUGCGCCUUUGCCGGGAACGGGCGCCUCUGUGUCAGCAACGGGACAGAUUGCAGGGGCAAGUGGGAGGGACCCAACGGCGGCAUCACGAACUUUGACAACAUCUUCUUUGCCAUGCUCACAGUCUUCCAGUGUAUCACCAUGGAGGGCUGGACCGAUGUGCUGUACUGGAUGAACGACGCCAUCGGCUUUGAGAUCCCCUGGAUUUACUUUGUUUCUUUGGUCAUCUUCGGAUCGUUUUUCAUCAUCAACCUUGUGUUGGGUGUGUUGAGCGGAGAGUUCUCCAAGGAAAGGGAGAAGGCCGUGGCCCGUGGUGAGCUGCAGAAAGCCCAGGAGAGCAAGCAGAUGGAGGAAGACAUGAUAGGAUACAUGGACUGGCUCAUCGAGGCCGAGGAUGUGGAUGAAGAGGGAAACAAGCGUGCUGCGAUUGCCAAGAAAAAGAUGAUGAAGAAGUUUGGCUGGUACAAACACAGCGAGGAUGGAGGAGAGUCGGACUCUGACGAUGACAUAGCGUAUCUCGAUGACGACAGCGGCUUCUGUGCCUCACUCAUGGCAAAGAUGAUGGCCAAUAGCUUCUGUGACCAGCUGUGCCAGUUGAACCAUACCUUUAGGAAGAACUGUCGUGUGGCGGUUAAGACCACCAACUUCUACUGGCUGGUGCUCCUUCUGGUGUUCCUUAACACCGUGGCCAGUGCCUCUGAACACUAUGGACAGCCCAAGUGGCUGACCGAAAUGCAAGAGCGAGCCAAUAAGAUCCUGCUGCUCUUGUUCACCUUGGAGAUGUCGAUGAAGAUGUAUGCUUUUGGACUGCAGAUCUACUUCAUGGCUCUGUUCAACCGCUUCGACUGCUUCGUGGUGUGCGGUGGCAUUCUUGAGACGCUGCUGGUGGAGAUGGACGUCAUCCCGCCCAUCGGCAUCUCUGUGCUACGCUGCAUCCGACUGCUCAGGAUAUUCAAGAUGACUCGACACUGGGCCGCCUUGUCUGACUUGGUCAACUCGCUGCUCAACUCCAUGAAGGCUAUCUGCUCCCUCCUGCUCCUGCUCUUCCUCUUCCUCAUCAUCUUCGCCCUGCUGGGCAUGCAGCUGUUCGGAGGCAAAUUCAACUUCGAUGAAACCCAGAUGAAGAGGAGCACCUUUGACUCCUUCCCUCAGGCGCUGCUCACCUGUUUCCAGAUCCUGACAGGAGAGGACUGGAAUGCUGUGAUGUAUGAUGGCAUCAUGGCCUAUGGAGGGCCCAUCUUCCCAAACAUGGUGGUGUGCAUUUACUUCGUCAUUCUGUUUGUCUGCGGUAACUACAUCCUGCUCAAUGUCUUCUUGGCUAUCGCUGUGGACAACUUGGCAGGAGGCGGUGGCAAGAAGAAAGUUGAGGAGAAAAAGGAAGAGGAAGAAGAGUGGGAUGAAGAUGAGGAGAAAGAGGAUGAAGAUGCAGGGAAUGACGAAGAUGAUUGGCAGGAGAAUGAGGAGCUGAGGGCCAUUGAGGGACUUGAGGGAGUUGCUCCGUUGAAGCCCGACUUCUCCGGGCCCAAAGAAAAGAUCGUCCCUAUCCCCGAUGGAAGCUCUUUCUUCAUUCUUGGGAAGAAAAACUGCCUGCGAGUGGCCUGCCACAACCUCAUCCAUCACCCCUACAUCACCAACUUCAUCCUCAUCUUCAUCAUCCUCAGCAGCAUCUCGCUGGCUGCUGAGGAUCCAAUCAAAUCCCACUCAUUCAGGAACAUUGUAAGACCACCGCUGCUCAUACUGAGUUUGAUGCUGGAGCGGAUCAGAGGCUUACAUGGUUUCUGUCCGCAGGUGCUCGGCUAUGCUGAUUAUGUAUUCACGUCAGUGUUCACAGUGGAGAUCAUACUGAAGAUGACGGUUUACGGGGCAUUUUUGCACACCGGUUCCUUCUGCAGGAACGCCUUCAACCUUCUUGACCUGUUGGUGGUCAGUGUAUCUCUCAUGUCAUUCUUCCUCCAUUCAAGCGCCAUAUCUGUGGUCAAGAUUCUACGAGUGCUUCGCGUGCUCAGGCCUCUUCGAGCUAUCAACAGAGCCAAGGGACUCAAGAACGUUGUGCAGUGUGUGUUUGUGGCCAUCCGAACCAUCGGCAACAUCUUGAUUGUCACGUCCCUCCUCCAGUUCAUGUUUGCAUGUAUCGGAGUGCAGCUUUUCAAGGGCCGAUUCUACAGCUGCACAGACGAAGCCAAACACACCCCUGAUGAAUGCAAGGGUACCUUCGUGGUUUAUAAAGACGGGGAUAUGAACCACCCCAUGGUCAGAGAGAGGAUUUGGCAAAACAGUGAUUUCAACUUUGACAACGUGCUGAUGGGGAUGCUGGCUUUGUUUACCGUGUCAACAUUUGAGGGCUGGCCACAGCUGCUUUACAAGGCUGUGGAUGCGAACGCCAUCAACCGCGGCCCCAUCUACAACUACCGUGUGGAAAUCUCCAUCUUCUUCAUCAUCUACAUCAUCAUCAUCGCCUUCUUCAUGAUGAACAUUUUCGUGGGUUUUGUCAUCAUCACGUUUCGAGAGCAGGGAGAGGCCGAAUUCAAAAACUGCGAACUUAACAAGAACCAACGACAGUGUGUAUACUAUGCCCUGAAAGCCCAGCCCAUUAAGAUUUACAUACCCAAGAAUCCAUCCCAGCUCAAAUUCUGGAAGAUCAUCAACUCCAGCCAGUUUGAAUAUGUCAUGUUUGUGCUGAUUCUGGGCAACACCCUCACCCUCGCUGUUCAGCAUUACGAGCAGUCCAAAAUGUUCACGUCCAUCAUGGACAUCCUCAACUUGAUCUUCACCAUCGUCUUUACCGUGGAGAUGGUCAUCAAAUUGCUGGCUCUCCGGGCACACCACUAUUUCAUCGACCCUUGGAAUUCGUUUGAUGCUCUGAUUGUGGUGGGAAGCGUGCUGGACAUCGCCGUUUCCGAGUUUAGUGGAGGAGGCGGACACGGGGAGGUAAGAGGUAAAGGAGAAAGUGGGAAAGUGUCCAUCACAUUUUUCCGAUUAUUCCGAGUCUUGCGACUGGUGAAGCUGCUCAGUAAAGGGGAGGGUAUUCGAACCCUCCUCUGGACUUUCAUCAAGUCCCUGCAGGCUUUGCCGUAUGUCGGCCUGCUCAUCGCCAUGAUCUUUUUCAUCUACGCUGUGAUCGGCAUGCAGACAUUUGGAAAGGUGGCCAUAGAUGAGAGCACCCAUAUCAACAGGAACUGUAACUUCCAGACCUUCUUCAUGGCAGUUCUGCUCCUCUUCAGGUGUGCCACGGGCGAGCAGUGGCAGGAGAUCAUGUUGGCAGCAUUGCCGGGCAGACGAUGUGAUCCCGAGGCUGACACGGAGCCAGGGGAGGAGUUCAGCUGCGGCAGCAACUUGUCCUACAUCUACUUCAUCAGCUUCUUCAUGCUCUGUGCUUACCUGAUCAUCAACCUGUUCAUCGCCGUCAUCAUGGAUAACUUUGAGUACCUGACCAGAGACUGGACUGUACUGGGCACUCACCACCUGGACGAGUUUAAGAGAGUGUGGUCUGACUACGAUCCUGAAGCCACGGGUCGAAUAAAGCACAUCGAUGUAGUCACCAUGCUGCGCAGGAUUCAACCUCCUCUUGGUUUUGGAAAACUCUGCCCUCAUCGUGUGGCGUGCAAGAGACUGGUUGCCAUGAAUGUGCCGCUGCACGCUGACGGGACCGUCACCUUCAGCGCCACCCUGUUCGCCCUGGUGCGCACCUCCCUCAAGAUUAAAACAGAAGGCCCCAUUGACCAGCAGAAUGAAGAGCUCAAACUGAUUAUUAAGAAGCUAUGGAAACGAACCAAGCCCAAGCUGCUGGACGAAGUCAUUCCUCCCCCUAGAGGCGACGAGGUCACUUGUGGAAAGGUUUACGCGAGCUUCCUGAUCCAAGACUACUUCAAGAAGUUCCGCAAGAGAAAAGAGAGGGAGAGGAAAUCCAAGAGGAAAGACAAGGCGGCUUCUCUCCAGCAAGGGCUGCGGACGCUUCAGGACCUGGCUCCGGAGAUGCGUCUGGCCAUGGCCUGCGACCUGGAAGAAGAGGAGGCCGCCGACGGAGACAUGACCGGCGAUGAGGUUUUCGAGAGCGACGCCGGCACCUCAGCGAUGACCACGCCCUGCAGCACCCCCAUGCCGCCGGCGGACAUGCUGGAGGAGCAGACCACUGUGUUCAUCGAGCCCGAGCCCCACGUCCCAGACGAGGACGUGGUCACACAACAGGUGCAGGGCCUUCGAGAGAACCAGUGGCUGGAAUUCCAGCUCGCAUCCGUCAACGCGGUGGUGGAGCAGCCCGUAGGGUUGGAGUCCCCCCCUGCCAGAUAUUUGUACCCAGACGUCCCAGCCGUCUCCCCAGUCCCAGCUGAGACGGGCUACAACGGACAGGGUGUGGACAUGGCCGACAGCAUCGCCAGUCUGUCCUAUGCCAUUCAUGAUGGCAAUGGCGUAGUCAGCAAUGGGUACAACGGCGCCAGCAUAAACGGAGGAAGUGUCACCGCGAGCAGCCUCGGGACCUACAACGGCAACGGCUACAACGGCAACGGCUACAACGGCAACGGCUACAACGGCAGCGGCUACGGCGGCAACGGCUACAACGGCAACGGCUACGGCGGCAACGGCUACAACGGCAACGGCAGCAUCAUCAACACCAAUGGUAACGGGAGCACGGUGAGCAGUGCCACCAGAAACGGCUACAACGAAAACGACAACGGUGACCUGCAGUUUGUCAGACGGCGUCUCCUUCCCGCGAUACCGAAAGGUCGUAAGCCGACCUUUAAUCUGCAGUGUUUGACGCCGCAGACCAGCGUCGAUGACCUCCCCAUCCCCGGCACCUAUCACGCUAAUUCGCCCGUCAGCAGGUCGCGGCUGCAGACCCACCACAGCCUGGACUCCAGACCCAGCAGCGUGUCCUCGCUGUCCUCGGCCUCCUGGGCCAACACCACCGCAGCUGGUACCACUCCUGCCGCGGCGACAAUAGGACCCACCGGACGCAGAGGCAAGCUGAUCUACACGCCAAUGAUCCUGAUGGACGAGGCCUCCGGCGCCCAUCAGCCCUUGUGGAGUGAAGCGUCUGCAAGCCUGCCCGUCGGCAGCCGUCGUGGCUGGUACCCCGGUCAGUCCAGGACCUACACCAGCGUCAGGAUGCCACCUGCUAGUCAAGGCUACGCAGGGAGAGGCAGCGCAGACAGUUUGGUCGAGUCUAUUUUGAUAUCGGAGGGCCUCGGUCUUUACGCCAGGGACCCGAAGUUUGUCAACUUUGCCAAGCGGGAGAUCGCCGAAGCCUGUCACAUGUCCUUGGAUGACAUGGAGUAUGCGGCCUCUGACCUGAUAGCCCGCGGUGCCAGCCGGUCAGUUGGACGAUUUGAGGAGGAGCUGGCAGAUGAAAUGAACUGUGUGAUUUCCUACUGA